AUGGCUACCAAAGCAUUGGCUAUCAUCGCCGGAGUCGGCCCUGGCACGGGCGCUUCCGUUGCCAGACGCUUCGCCAAAGCAUACUCGGUGGUGGUACUUAGCCGGAACCCGGCGAACUUCGAACCUCUUGUGCAAGAGAUCAACUCUAGCGGUGGACAGGCCCUAGGAAUCAGUACGGACGUGACAGACUCGACAAGCGUCAAGUCUGCGUUCGAGAAGAUCUCCCAGCAGUACGCUGGUGUCCCUCUUGCGGCAGCCGUGUUCAACCCUGCCGGUGGAUUUACGCGCAAACCCUUCCUGGAGCUUACAGAGGAAGAAUUCUCCCAGGGGUUUGAGAACCAAGGGAAAGGAGCUUUCAACUUCGCCAAAAGCGCUUUACCUCUCCUGCUUCAGGCGCAGGGCUUGCAGCAUCCACCAACACUAAUCUUCACGGGGGCUACAGCCAGCGUGAAAGGGUCUGCGAAUUUCGCAGCCUUUGCAACGGGCAAAUUUGCUCUACGAGCGUUGGCUCAAUCCCUGGCGCGAGAGUUCGGACCGAAGGGCGUUCACGUCUCGCACGUCAUUGUCGAUGGGGUCAUAGAUAUUCCCAGAACGAAGGCUUGGACAUUCGAGCAUGAAGACGCUAAACUUGAUCCAGACGCUAUUGCAGAGUCUUACUGGCAUCUGCACACGCAGCCGCGCACGACAUUUGGGUUCGAGCUAGAUCUUCGCCCAUAUGUGGAGAAAUGGUAA